AUUAUAUACUUAUAAAUUAAUGUAAAUUUCUUUUGUUUUUAAUCAAGUCUUAAAAAUUAAACAGUUGUGCGAAUACUUAUUGCUUCAACAUUUCUAUCGAUUAAUUGUUUUUUUUUUUGUUAAUUUCAUAAAUUACAUAAAUAGCUAUUUAUUUUUGGUACUCUAUUUGUUUUUUGGAAAUUGAUCGGUGUACGAAUACUUUCUACACACACUGUACGUAAGUAAUUACAUAUCUAUCAAUAUCUAGAGAUAGACAGAAUUUCCUGACGAAUACUAGAUAACGGAUAUCACUCUAUAACCGUAGUUGUUUAUUAAUUUUCGAUAACCCUUUCUCAAAAUAAUCUAGAUUGAACUUAUUAUCGAAACAGCGUAUAAAGAAUCGUUGAUCUUUCUAACCAAUAUCGUUAAAUCUGUCAGCACCAACAGUUGUUCAGUGCGCGAAAGUAUAAUCGUGGAGAUAUCGACGUACAUAACGGAACUCACCGGUCCUCGCUUCAUUCUCGAAGGUCCAGUUUUAUUUCGCUCUUCAUCGCGAACGACGAGCAGAAACUCACACCAAAGUCACAGAAAUUUUGACGCCAUUCCGUAUAUCGUGGUUGGCGCGACGUAAACAGCGAAAUUUCGUUUUGGAGCGCUUCGAUCGGCUUCCACGGUGCGGCGCUGCGGUCGCGGCUUUCGAGAGUCUGGGCAGUCGCGAGCGCGAGUUUGGACCGUGAAGACGCGGUUUGUCGUCGCUCCUCGUUCGUGAUAUUCCACACGUCAAACACGCGCCAAGGCGCGAAAACGAAUAGGGUGUUCGAUCGUUGUCGCUCGUGUCGAAUAGUGUUUUUUUUUUUUCUUUUUACGGGAGUGCAAGUGUGAACCGUACCAGCCGACGUAAUCACAGUGUCAUCGAACUUGAUCGAUCGUGAGGAGACACUCGGAAACGGAGCAAAGAAGGAAGUCGAAGCUGCACGUUCUUCCACGACCCAGGGGCGAGUUUACAUCGAACGUCAGCUUUCUUGUCGGUGGUAAGUCUCCAAAACCUAACGCAUAGACGAAUCCACGGUUAAUUCUGAAAGAAGUUUCUCGUCGCAGAUGCUGCGCUCGCCGCGUCGUCUCCGUCCGCAUCUGCCCGGCGAGAUUGCGCUCCGAUUAUGAUGUGAGCCAGUGAAGGUGGAAUCCUCGAGCAGCGCGAGGUCCUCGCAAUGGAGGCGGGACCGAAGCAGCAACAGCAGCAACAGCAGCAGCAGCAGCAACAACAACAACAACAACAACAACAACAACAACAACAACAGCAGCAGCAGCAGCAACAAAAUUCGUCGCCUGCUGGUACGGGACAGACACCGAACCAGGUCGGGAGUCCGCAGGGCGGCCAGACUCAAGGCCAAGCUCAAGGUCAACAGAAUCAAGAUGCGGCUGCAGUCGCGGCUGCAACUGCGGAGGCAGGACCGGUCGAGGAGGGAGUCCUUCUCGCCAGGGUUCACGUCCCAGAGCUUUACGUCAGCAAGUGUCUUCAGUUCCCGAAGGAUCAGCUUGUCUGGGACGUGAAGCAGCAAUGCCUCGCAUCCUUGCCCAAGGUGGCCACUUGGUACAGGGAGCUGAAGGAAAGCUUCAAUUACGGGUUGUUCUGCCCGCCCGUGAAUGGAAAAGCCGGAAAAUUCUUGGACGAGGAACGUCGCCUAGGCGAUUAUCCCUUCAAUGGACCCGUCGGCUACUUGGAGCUCAAGUACAAACGGCGGGUCUACAAGAUGCUGCACUUGGACGAGAAACAGCUGAAGGCGAUGCACACGAGAACGAACCUGCGAAGGCUACUGGAGUACGUGGCGAACAGCCAGGUUGAGAAGAUCGCCAAGAUGUGCAGCAAAGGCCUGGAUCCGAACUUUCAUUGCCAGGAAACCGGAGAGACUCCGUUGACGUUGGCCACGACCCUGAAGAAGCCUUCAAAGGUGAUAAUAGCGCUAGUGAACGGCGGCGCCCUGCUGGACUAUCGAACGAAGGAGGGCUUGACGGCGAUGCAUCGCGCCGUCGAGAGGAACAGCUUGGAGGCGGUGAAGACGUUACUGGAGCUCGGUGCCAGCCCUAACUACAAAGACACGAAGGGCCUGACGCCGCUCUACUAUAGCGUCAUCUACAAAACGGACCCGAUGCUCUGCGAAACUCUUCUUCACGAUCACGCGACGAUAGGCGCCCAGGACCUGCAGGGCUGGCAGGAAGUGCAUCAGGCCUGCCGUAACAAUCUGGUCCAACACCUGGAUCACUUGCUGUUCUACGGUGCCGACAUGAACGCGCGUAACGCGUCCGGGAACACGCCGUUGCACGUUUGCGCAGUGAACAACACCGACGCCUCUUGCAUACGGCAGUUACUGUUCAGAGGCGCGCAGAAGGACAGCCUAAAUUACGCUAAUCAAACGCCUUACCAAGUCGCGGUGAUCGCUGGGAAUAUGGAGCUGGCCGAGGUCAUCAAGAAUUAUCAGCCCGAGGAAGUUGUACCGUUUAAAGGGCCGCCACGCUACAACCCGAAACGACGCUCGGUGGCGUUCGCCGGCACGUCGACGAUGACCACGAGCUGCUCGGCCAGUAACUUGGGCACCCUGACCAGGAUACCGUCCGCGGAGCAACAGCACGGCUCCACGGGAAUCGGCGCCCCUGGGGGCAGCCUGACCAGAACGAUCUCGGUGGAGCAGUACACGUCGAGCGUCCACGCGGUAACGAGAGUACCGUCCGCCGAGCAAUACGCCAGCCUGACCAGAGUACCGUCCACGGAACACCAACAGUAUCCAUCCAUCGGCACCCUGAACAGAGUACCGUCCGGUGAACAAUACGCCAGCCCAAUCGCGACCGCGACCGGUACGGUUACCAGGGUAUCCACGUCCACAGAGCAAUACACCUCGACGAGUGGUACCCUGACCAGAGUGCCGUCCACCGAGCAAUACCCAACUGGCACGCUCACCAGAGUACCGUCCACCGAGCAGUAUCCGAGCAGGACUCUGUCCGGCGAGCAGUACGCCGGCACGACCGGUAUCGCGAGGACGGAGUCCCAUCACGCCAGCCUAGGCAGAGUACCGUCCAUCGAACCGACCAGAAACGACCUACAGAGAAUACCGUCCGAGCACCACGUACCCAGACCCGAGCAGAACGGUCAUCGGAUCACGACGGACUACCAGAGCCCCAAUUCGCUGAGGGAUCCUAACGCGAGAUUACCAGCCAACGCGGAGAACUAUCAGAACUUAAGAAUGGAGGGUCUGACGAGGCUGCAAGAACACCGGCUCGAGCUUCAGCAGCGUCUCGACAUGCACAGAACGAUGGAGAUGCCCCCGUCGCCGUCGCCGAGCAGCAGAAGUCUAGCUCCUUUCAGCUCGGCUAGCUCGAGCCUCUCCGAAGGCAGCAAUCAACCGUCCGGCGAAGAUUCCGCCAGCAUCGUCACAGACAAGAGUCUCGGCGACACGGCCUCGGACGUAAUCAGCGACAGCUCGGGGGUUGGUACCUCGCAGUCGGACACCACCAAUUCCCUGUCGAUCCCUGGAACCACCGUCGUCUGCGUCGAGAGCUACAACAGCGGGAUCUUGGGCCAUCUGAGCAUCAAUCAAGGAGAUAUCCUAGAAGUCACCGGAGCUACCGACUGUGGCCUCCUCGAGGGAGUCCUCCGAGGACAGGGCACGGGGCUCUUCCCCGCGCACUGCGUCCAGGAGGUCAGACUUCGUCAUACCAAUAUCCCAUUGGGACCCCAGCCUGCCAGGGACGGACGGAACAGAGUCUUGGGCCGCAGGGAAUCGCAACACAAGUAUUUCGCCACGGCGCCCAGGUUGAAGAAACCAGUUACGUCGGAGCCACGCACCGUGGUAUUGCACCGCUCGAGAAAAGGUUUCGGUUUCGUGCUACGAGGUGCCAAGGCGACUUCACCCUUGAUGGAACUGACGCCGUCGGCCAGGUACCCCGCCUUGCAGUACCUGGAUGACGUCGAUCAAGGGGGAGUGGCCGACCUGGCCGGUCUUCGCAAAGGGGACUUCCUCAUUCAAAUCAACGGCGAGGACGUGACGACGGCGUCGCACGAACACGUAGUAGACCUGAUCCGAAAGUCUGGCGAGCUGGUCCGAAUGACCGUGGUCUCGCCGAUGAUCAGCCUUCCGAACUCGCAAUCGGCAGCCAUUCUGCCAACUAGUCAACCUAUACAGAGACAGUACGCAACCCUGCCGCGCAAAGGUAACAACAACGUGGUGAUCGGCGGCACGCUUGGCAGAUCACCAGCUCCCAUGCCACCGAGACGGGACCCGAAGACGACGCUGAGCGUUGGUAGGGCGCGAGCCAGAUCUAUGGUCGCGGGAUUGGAGGGCGGCGGUGAAAGGGACGAUCGCGACGAGAUCACCUCGACGGGGGCCAAAUCGAGUAGCGCGGAGUCGAUACAUCUUCCUCAACAACCAUCCACCGGGUCCAACACGGGCCAGAACACCCCGGUGCAGCCGAGGACGGCCAGUAUCCGAUCGAGACCAACCUCCAGCAGGAUCACUGCCGCGGAACUGGAGGAACUAUUUCAGCGGCAGCAAGGUAGCACCAGUGGUCAGUACAGCUCGUCCAUGAUGAGCUCUCACUUUCAGACUGGUCAAGCUACCAAGUCGCAUCCUUCCUCGCCCGCAAAGACCGGCAGGGUAUACGCGAGCGUAGCGGAAAUGAAACGCAAAGGCAAAUCGAGCUCGAGAGUGCGCUUCUUUGGGGGAUUGGGGGGCGGUUCCGAUCUUCACCGAGACUUUCACAGUACCCCAGACUUGAACAUGCAAGCUCAGUCGUCCGUGUUGGCUCCGAAAGGGCACAGAAGCCAGGAAGACGUGAACGCGUUGAAUGGCAGAAAUGGAUUGCCACCGCCUAAUCAUCCGCCGCCACCUCCACCGGUUGGACAGGUCGUCAAGGUCAACGUGGGGGCCAAUGUCCCGGAUGUGGUCACCCCUGCUUCUGUAUACGAUAACAUGGCGCAUAUACAGCAAGUUAAAGAAUUGGCGGCCGCAACAACCGACGGAGGUUAUGGCGUGAUGUCCAGCUUCCGACCCUCGAACAGCGCGAAGCUUUACGCUUCUCCAGAGGACACGAAGACGGUAGGCUAUCGUUCCCGCAGCCUUCCAGCGCACACGACCCGCUGCCACGUGAGGAAGUCCCACAGCCUGCGCACCCCCAACAACACCACGUUCAAGCCUGUGAGCAAUCAGCAAAAUUCGAGCAACACAGCGAGCAACAACAACCAGGUGGGCAACAAUCAGUACGCGCAGCCCCUGAAGACGAACAGAAGCCACAGCACGGUGGGCAUCAGGGAACGAAAGAAGAAGGUCAUCGCCACCAGCUCCUCCGUCACGAACCUCAGCUCCAUCUCCAACACCAACGCAGGGCCAACUGUCCCCAGCUCGGCUGCGCCACCUAUUCCGGAGCCCGAUUACAGCCUUUCCGAGUCCGAGAACGACGAGGGCGAAGAGGAGACGGACGACGACGUGGAGUCUGAGAUUGCGAAGGAACUCGAGAAGGCAGCUGCAAGGGAGAAGCUAGAGUCCACCAGAGAGACCUCGGGGAAUUCGAACACCUCUGGUUCAAGUUCCUCUGGCAGCAGUUCGUUGCCGCAUUCGUUCAGCGUGGAGGAAAUCCAAAAGGUGAGGACCCAGCUGAAGUCGUCCAAGAGUCAUCCCAACGACUUCCUGCUGCAGCAGACGCAGCAGUCCCUGGUAGAAGACGGGGAUAACAGUUCAAGCGGAGUCAGUUCUGAUCAAGAUGUGCCAGUGGGUCCUCCGACGGGUUUCGACGACACGGCUGCGAGGAAUCUAGCCAACGAUGCUAGCCAGCACUCGACGACGGUGCUGACGGUGUCGAGCAACGAGAAGGAGGGGAAUCCUAAAAGGACCAGCUACGGUGGCAGCGGUUUGCUCACCAGACACGCGGUGAGUCUGGCCCAAUUGCCACCCCCGAUCGAAGCAGACGCCGAAGAGCAGAGCAACGACCUGUUCGUACCACCGCCGCCCGAAUUUAACGCUGGACCCUCCGCUGGGAAUACGGACGAGAUGGUCUUCGCACCGCCUCCUCAGUUCUGCGACAACAAGCAACAGCAGCAGAACCGCGUAAAGAUCAUCGGCGCGAUACCGAAAGUUACCAACAAUCAGGUGAAGGCUUCCGGUGGACGGUUGCACAAUCAGUGAACGAACGAUCGUCGCGAACCGUCGCCAAUACACGGUUCGAAUCGCGCAUGAUCGAUGAUCACGAUCGCCCAGAGUCAAUUUAAUCUCUCCGUAUUUAACCUUCCUCUCCAGUCAGAGAUUGGCGCUGUCCGGGCACGAUCCGUGUUUCCGCGACGAGAAUUGAUACCGCCACUUCGAGAUCGUUGGUACACACGUACACACACGCAUACACACGUAAAGACACAUACAAACAUAUACAGACACAUGCAGCGGGCGCUCAGCUACUCAAGACCACUGGGUUCUAUGCAGCUAGUUUGAAUGCAGGACAUCUUUAAGACUUUUUUUUUAGAAUGGUAUAACGUGCCAAUGGAAAUGAAUUUUAUUUCUGCGUAUAGAAGGAAUAGUAUGGUUUUAGGAAAUAUUUUUUAUGUUUGCUUUAGACGCGGAAAAAUGGAGUUGCUUUGGCUCGUAAUGUGCGUCGGUGUUUCGGAGUCUAGGUCCAUCGGUGCUUGAAGAUGAAAGGUUGAGCAAUGUUGUUUUCUUCAAGGUAUUUUCCAUCGUAUGACGCAUAAAACUUUUAAAAUUUUAAGGAUUUUAGAAACGAUGGCGCUUGGAAGAGAGCUGUAUUCAGCAGCAACGGUUUUAUUGUAAUGCGGAUAGUAAUAGGUAGAAGACACUGUACGUCAUGCGAUGGUGAAUAUGGUUGAGAAUAUUAGUGCCAAAUUUUAUAGAAAUCGGAUCAACUGUCCAAGUCGCUGAAACAGGACACGUGGUGUCGAGGCAUACGUGUUUAAAGCUCUGCGUCAGGUAUUUUUGUCGAUAUGUUUAUCAUUUUGAGUUCAAGCUAUCUCUUUACAUGGAAAAAGAAUUUUAAUUUUGUUCGCCAGAAGGAACCCCUUGAGAAUCAAGCAUGACUCGCGUGUUAGUCUGAUUUUCCACAGGUUAUCUCGUAAGGUACUUUGAGGAUUGUGUGCGGUGAAUAACAUAACUUUAUUUUAUUCUUAACCCUUUCUUAAGUCUUAUCAUCGUAGCAUUUGAACAGCCACUUACUUCAAACCAAAUCAAAUUGAUAUUAUUCUUAGUGAUUGAGUUGGUAAAGCGAGUCACCCAAAUUUGAGCCAGAUAAAUUGGUGAAUAGACUUUGACUUUCUCAUUAAAAUACCUCCUUAUAAUUUCAAAUCUUCAAAACAUUCAAAGUACUCACAAUCUAUAAAUUGGAAAUAAAGCUCCAUCAGUAUCGAGUCACGCAAUUUUCAACGCAUAUUCCUCAUGAUUUUAAGUUAUACAAAAUUGAGUUAGCACGACGUUUAUUUCCUUUGUUUCGUUAAGCGAGGGGGCGGUCUCGAGUAGCUCGCCACUGUAGAUACAUAAGGUUAUUGCAAUAAAUUUUUCACACGAAUACAAGACGCGUUCUCGCGCCCUUAAGGGUUUCUUUUUGUAAGGAGCGAAUGCGCUUCGAUCGAGAGAGUUCGCGUGUCGCUCGAUCGCGCGUCCCCGCGAUGGUAGUCCGAGCGAAAAAUAUUUCAGCGAGUUUUUACCGUAAAACCUAGAUGAGCGCGUGUCGAAGUACGAGCCGCAAAAUAGUCAAAAUCCCGUGUAGCCGUCUCGCGGAAUGGCCUAAAGGGGUCGAUCCUGAACAAGAUCCACGAACCGUAGCUCGUAAUUAGAGAGAAAGAGUGAGAGAGCAAUUCUGUGCGUGUGGAAACGUAGCGAACGAAUGUGUAGCGUAUAAUCGGGGUUUGUUUUUCAUGUUUCUAUCGAGAUAUACGACGCGUGUUUAAUACUUUUACAUUUAACGACCUUUUAACAGACCCCUCCCUUGAUCCUUCCCCGCUGUCCUUAAGAACGCCAUCAAUUUCUCUCUGCCCGAAACACAUAGCGAAAAGCAUUCUCGACGGACGAUUAGGGUAUCUGGUUAAUUGAAUCGAUGCUUGUUAAGGCAUCUUCUCACUUCGGGUGUUUGACAAGUGUAUUUUUUAGUGUUAAAGAGUUACUAGUUGCUCCUUUGCUGGGGGAUCGAUUCAAUUUUGCUUCAGUGUAAUAAAAUUUAUUUGUUUCACUGUCGAGUAACUGUAUUGUAAUAUUAUUUGUAAAUAAUUUUUCUGUAAUAUUCCAACUCUUUAUGUACCUUGUGAGUUGUACAAAUUUUAUCGAGAUCGUUUAGCCCCUCUAUGCUUUUUGAAGUGGGAAGAUCCUUUAAUAGAGAUUCAAAGACAACAACGAUGGGUACAAUUCUUCUCUAGAUAAUGACAUCGAGUAAGGAAUAUAAAAGAGUGGGAACUUUCAAUCCAUUACUCGUUGAAUAAAAAUUCAGAUUCUAGUGUGAAGUAUAUUCGCAGCAAACAAACAAAAAUUGCAACCGUCAAACGAUUAUUAAUCUUGAAUUAAUAAUCACAUCAAGUUGAUGCGUCGUUCGAGUAGAAUUCUUCCCAUUCGUAUUCAGGAUGCUUCGUACCGAUGGGUUGGUUAGCUAAAUAGUAAACAAUGAAAAAAAAGAAAAGAAAAACGAAGAAUAAAAAACGCGCGCGAUUGAGUUCGAUUCCGUUUCUCUCUCUCUCGUGUCUAGACACUGCUCAAGAGCCUAAUUACAAAUGUUCUACUCGCAAAAAGUCAUUAGAGAUUGUUUCUAGUUUGUAAUAACGUUUAAAUAGCGCAACGACGAGUAUGAAUUUAUCGCUAAGCUCUCGUAAUCCGCGUUAAUAGAGGCGCACUGUACUACUACGUUAACGCACCAACAUUAUUCAGCUUGUAAGAUAGAAAUCGUAUUCCUUCCAGAUUCGAAUCAGGCUCCUGGGAGCCGCGAGAUGCUACGUUUUACCCACCGUUCACGGGGAAACGAACGAUGGAUCAUUCAGUGAAAUGGUUUAGCCAUUAUUUGACGUUUAAUCGCGACGAGGAGGACGCGUGAUUCUGUGUUUGUUUGCUUUGUAAACGACAAGGAAGCGUCGAAGGAAAUUCUGUAAUAGAUUGUUCUCUCGUAGCCAAGUCCUUGGAAGCAAACAUCGCACCGAGGAUGCAGCGAUUAGAUCAUUUUAUUGCAUCGAAAAGUAUGUUCGAAUGUGAGCUUUAAGUAUUCACUUUGCUGGAAAAAAUUCAUUGAGGAACUUAAAAUUAUUCAACGCGCUAUAUCUUCUUAUCUGCUUAUCACACAAAACUUUGAACGAUCUCAUCUUUUUCGCCAAGACAUUAGCUAAUAAAAAGCAUUGCGUACGUUUUACGAAAUUCUCCAUAGUUUUCGAGAUAUCUCCCACCCCCCAUGAAUUUAACUCUGACAAAAUGAAAGUACUUAAAAUUCAUAUAGAGACAUAUACAGUGGCGCAAAUAAAAUGUAAUCGUUGCAUUUGGUAGGUAUCUUGGGACUGAGUUACGAUGGCGAUCGAAUCCCCGCGUUGAUUUGUCCUUUUGUAUAUAGUACAACACGUCCAAUCGGGAAAUUAAAUCCGAUGGCGUCGAAAUGUUUGGAUAGCAACAAUAUCUCGCGACUCUCGGUGACAGUGCUACAUACUGUAUAUACCGGAACAACAAUUGCUAUGUAUCGAAUAAUCUAUAACGAUGGAAUGAUUAUUAUCGUCGCGUUUACCAUCGCCGCGAUAGAAUCUAAGCGAUUAUCCAUAAAAGAAAAAGAAGAAAAAAAAAACGCAACGUCCUUCCUAAUUAUUGUUUCUACGCCUUUUCGAGUUUGAAAACGAGAAAUCAUAUUCAUAUACAAACACAGCGAAGUACGAUAAAUUUAAGUCAUCGGCAUGCUGGUCGAGACGUGAUGAAAACAACAACAACAAAAAAUAAUGAAAAAAAAAAAAACACCGUUUCCGUGUCGAAGGGAAUCGUAUAAAGAUAAGUAUUGAAUGUUCCUUAGAUAUUUUAUUGUUUGUUUUAACGAUCGGUGGAACGCGAGGGAUCGACGUCGCUGUUCGCAUCGGUUUCAAAAAACUUUCGACGAUCGACUGGUUGAUUCGGGUCAGUAAAGCAAUAUUGUACGCUAUUACAACGGCUCGUGUAAUAAUAAACCGUUUCUGAAUAGAAUUCUAUCCUUGUUUUGCGUACGGUUUUGUAUUGUUGCCGAUUAACGCGACGGUUGAGAAUCACCGACCUAGAGAAAGGUAAUAAGAGGAAAGAAACCUAUAGUUAACGACAUUCCUGCCAAAACUAAUUAUAAUAGUGUGUAUUAUAUCAAAAUUUAUGGAAGAGUUGACGCUGAACGCAUUUUAAUCGGUUUCUUCACGAUUGCUUUACGAAGACGAAAGUGUGAUCAUUUUGGGAUCAUUGAUAAUACUCUCUCAUGAAUUUUAAUUUUCAUAUUUUUUUAAUAUGUCCUUAUUAAUGUAUUAUCAACGAAUUUGUGAGGUUCUCAGCUUAAAAAUGAAUCGAAACACGGCUAUAUCCAGAUUACUUUUAGUUCAUAUUAACAAAAGCAAUUUGUAAUUAAUCACAAUAUAAAGUAUCGAGACCCGAUUGUCCUGAUUUUCAUCAAGAAAGCCUCACGAAUCCACUGAUAAUAUUGUUAGGAUUCAUGGUGAGAAAUAAAAGUUUAAAAUCGUUUCCUCUCUCGAUAUAACAACACCAGACGACUCGACCAGUGACGUUAUAUCGAGGGAUCACUGUGUCAUUCGAACGUAGCCUAAUUUCUUUGCCGAUGGACGUUUAACUCGGUCCACGAGACCAUAGAUAAUGUUUUACAUAGCUUGCUCCAAAUGAAAAGUUUCGCGUAACCGCGCUAGAAUUAAUCAUUUUUCCCGGAAAAAGGGCGUUAUGCGUGUAUCGCUUAAGGUGAUGGAGUACGGAAGAUUCAGAGUACUCGAAGAAACCGAAUGAAUUUAUAAAGUAACAAGCUGUAUGGCUCUGAAUAUUGAACGUUUGUUAUUCGGAUAAAAUGGAUACGAUUUUCAAUUUGUUCAUACAAAUUUGAUAUUUCGAGCUGUAUAUAUAUAUAUUUAAAAGUAGUCGUCAUCUAUACAUAACGUUUCCAUAAACCCUUGCUAAUCCGUGCAACAUUUCCUUUGAUCAAUUUCUUCCAUUUCCCUUUGGAAAAGCUACAAUCCUUCCCCCCAGUUCCUAGAAUCACCUACACAUGCACUUAUCGAGAUGCAAGGAUAGUGCACCGAAUGAUCCAGACUGAAUUUCUCCAAAUUUUAUUUACUCAAAAACAUGUCCUGUGGUACACCCAUUUUAGUCAUUGCUCCACGUUUGAUACA